CGGACGCGAUUGCCAUACAGACCGAAUAUUGCUUUAGAAACCAAAAAAAUAGAAAUUUAAGUGCUGAAAGUGUGUUCGACUUCCCAAGCAGAAAACAAAAAACAUUACAAAGAUGAUUGACCUAUCGAGGAAGUGCUUUAUUGUCUUAAUCUGUUUUACUUGUGCUUUAGCGGUCGAUUUGCAGUACUCGGAAAUAGUAACGGUUAACAAUGAAACGCGUUAUAUUGUGCUCAAUCCAGAUGCCGCUUUGACUUUGUUCAAUAAAAACCAUUACGUCGGCGGACAAUAUGUUUUCACAUCCGGCAAGAGAAUCACAGGCGAUCGCUUGAUACUCAACUUCCAGGACUCAACGCAAUUCACUAAAGGUGAAGAUGUUGAAGCUCUACUACGUUAUCCAGCCAAGGGUACCGAUACAAAUAUCAUAACUCAGGUGGACAUCUACGCAGCAGUAUCCUCAGAAGAUGCUGACUCCUUCUUCGUCGAUGGCGGCAUAAACAAAUCCUUUUGUGAGAUACUUAUCGCUGGCAAUAAGACAAGUUAUGUCGAGUUUGAGAUGUUCAUUUAUGGUUAUUAGCUGUACAUAAUGUGUGCCGUUACAUUGAAAAUGAAUACAUGAAAUAAUUUUUGUUGAGCAAAAAUUUUUAUCUCUGGUAAACUUAGAGAACAAAGAUAACUUAAUAAAACUGUGAUUUUAAGUAAAAUUGAAAUAAUGGAAAUAAAAGAUAGUGAUGCUACGUUGAGCGUAGCAACAAGUUUGGAAUAUAGAUUAA